AUGUCCUCUGCAGCGGCUGCUGACGCCACGCAGGCGCCCAAUCCAGCGCUUGCCAAUGCAAAUACAGCGACGUCAAAGAAGAAGAAUAACAAGAAGAAGAAAAAUGCCAACAAGAACAAAGACAAUGCCCCUGCCGACAGCGGCAAGCCGCAAAACGGCCACGACGAAGCCGACGACAACGACGACGACGAGCAGGAGCAGUCCCAUGACGAGGCUACCAACAAAGCCAUUAAUGGACAUGCCAUAAACUCCGCAAAAAAUAACAAUUCCAUCAUCGACCCCAAGGCCCAAGGGGCCCUCCAAGCAGAAGUCGACCAAUUGCGCAAGCAACUGGAAGCCUUACAACAGACACACAAAACGGAGAUUGAACGACUACAAACAGAACUGGAAGAGAGUAACACCGCGAAAGAGACGGCUGAGGAGCAAUAUCAGACGCUGCUGGAGCGUGUAGAAAAAAUUAAAGAAACGCUGAGCGACAGGCUACGACGCGACAAAGCAGAACUAGAGGAGGCGAAAGAGCGAAUAGAGGAGCUUGAAUCACAAAAUGAGCAGCUCGAAAACUCGGCGAGCUCCUCCGACAAGGACCAUCAGAAGCUCCGCCAAGAGCUGCAAGACGCCAAUCGUGAGCUGACGACGUUGCGCAGCCGCAGCAACCUGUCGACGCAAAACUGGAACAAGGAGCGCGAGGACCUGACGCGCGCCAUGCAGCGCCUCAAGGAGGAGAUGGAGACGACCGCCAACGCCAUGGGCGAGUGGGAGGUCAUCGCCAUGGAGGAGCGCUCCGUCAAGGAGAGCCUGGGCGACAAGAUUGCUGAGCUUGAAGAGCAGGCGGCCGCCCUACGGCAGGGCUACGAGAGCGCCGCGAGUGAGCGCGACAGCCAGUCGACGCUGAUUGACAACCUCCAAAACGCGCUACGCGAGAUCCAGGACGCACGCAAGAAGGAGCUGCGCGACAUGGUCGAGAGCACCGAGGCGCAGCUACAGGCGCAGAAGCGGCUGGCGGCCGAGGCCGAGGCGCGCGCGGCCGAGGCGCAAGACGCAAAGGAGGCGCUGACCAAGGAGGUCGAGCGGACGGCACCGUUUGAGAAGGAGGUCAAGGAGAAGAACCUCCUCAUCGGGAAGCUCCGGCACGAGGCCAUUGUGCUCAACGACCACCUGACAAAGGCCCUGCGCUACCUCAAAAAGACCAAGCCAGAGGAAAACGUCGACAGGCAAGUCGUCACCAAUCACCUCCUCCACUUCCUCACGCUCGACCGCGGCGACGUCAAGCGCUUCCAGGUCCUGCAGAUCAUGGCGGGCUACCUCAACUGGACCGACGAGCAGCGGGAGCAGGCCGGCCUCUCCCGCCCAGGCGGCUCCGGCGGCGGCUCGCUGCGCCUACCCACGUCGCCCUUCCACCGCACCCCGAGCUCGCCGUCCCUCCACAACGACCUGCUCUCGGAGCCCACCUCGGCCAAGGACAGGGAGUCGCUGGCCGAGCUCUGGGCCGGCUUCCUGGAGCGCAGCGCCAAGGAGGGCCUGCCCGACGGUGGCGUCGACGCGCGCUCCGCGUCGUCCCGGAAGACGAGCGUCAGCAGCGCGGCGACGGGGACAACGGCGACGACGGAAAAGAAGCCGUGA